AUGCUUAGAUUUGUAGCAAGAAACCUCAAUAAUGUUUAUAAAUUUUCCGAAUUGUAAAAGUUCGGGGCUUCUUUUCUUGGUUCUGGGAAUGCAGAAUAUUUAGAAAAUCUGUUUGAUUAAUGGUACUUAGAUAAUAAAUCAGUCCCAGCAAGUUGGGAUUCAUAUUUUAGACAAGUACUAGAAUCAAACAAUUUUGAAUUCACUCCAGAGCCAUAAAAAGGGUAGAAAGUUUCUAUUGGAUUAGAUGUAUAAAUAUGUAUAUGAAAAUAGGGAUAAUAAGGAGUAAGGAAAUUAUUGAGUGAUCAUUUCAGAGUGUUAUUGUUAAUAAAUAAGUAUCGACAUAGAGGUCAUGAGAAGUCAUAGGUUGAUCCUUUGGAUUUAGAGCACAUAUAAUAAAUAGGGAAAGUGAAAGGAUAUACUAAAUUGGAUUACAGUGAAUAUUUUACAGAAUAGGAUUUAGAGAGAGAAUUUUAUAUUCAUGCUAUAGGAAGUACAGGAAUAACAAAGGAUAAAUAAAGUAAAUGAUAUAAGUCAUUAUUAGUGAUGAAAUUGAGAGACUUAAUAAAUUACUUAGAGAAGGCAUAUUGUGGUAAAAUUUCUUAUGAGUAUAUGCAUAUACAAUCAUAAGAGGAAAGAGAUUGGUUUAGAGAGUAAAUAGAGAAAUAUGAUGAGUUUAUGCCAAGUAAAGAAUAGAAAUUGAAAACAUUUUAGAGGUAUGAAUUGAUUUAAGUUGAAUGAUAGAUUAGGAUAAGAACAUGCAUUUAGCACAUUUUUGUAGAAGAAAUUUAAUACAUCAAAGAGAUUUGGAAUAGAAGGUUGUGAUUCAAUGAUAUCUGGAUUAUAAUCAUUAAUAGAUGCAGCAGCUGGAGCAGGAGCAGAACAUGUAGUAUUUGGAAUGGCACAUAGAGGAAGAUUAAAUACAUUAUAUAAUGUAUUUUAGAAGUCAGCAGAAGAAAUAAUGGUUGAAUUCUAAGAUUUAAAGAGUACUUUUAAUGAAGAUAUAUGGGGAAAUUCAGGAGAUGUUAAAUAUCAUUUAGGUUCAGUUCAUAAUGUACUUUUUGGAGAUAAGAAAUUAAGAUUGGAGAUGUUACCUAAUCCGUCUCAUUUAGAAACAGUUGAUCCAUGUGUAUAUGGAAAGGUUAGAGCUAUUUAAGAUUACUUUUAAGACACAAAGAGAGAAAAAGCAUUUGGAGUAGUAAUUCAUGGAGAUGCUGCUGUAUCUGGCUAAGGAAUAGUAUAUGAAUCACUUUAGAUGGCAGAUUUAGAAGGUUAUAAAUCAGGUGGUAUUAUUCAUGUAGUUUCAAAUAAUUAAAUUGGAUUUACUACAGUUCCUAAAGAUAGUAGAUCUGGAUUAUAUUGUACAGAUAUAGCACAUGCAAUUCAAGCACCUGUUAUACAUGUCAACGCAGAUGAACCUGAAUUAGUUGAUAAAGUAUUUAAAAUAGCAACAGAAUAUAGAUAUAAGUUUAAGAGAGAUAUCUUUAUUGAUUUAGUUGGAUAUAGAAGAUAUGGUCACAAUGAAUAAGAUUAACCUAAAUUUACAUAACCUAUUAUGUAUGAAAAAAUCGAUAAGGCUCCUCCUGUCUUUAUAAAAUAUAGUGAAAAACUAAUAGCUUAAGGAAUCGUUACUAAAGAAUAAGUAGAUUAAUUGAUGAAAACUCAUGAAAACAAUCUUGAAUUAGCAUAUCAAAAAUCUAGAUAAAUGGAUUAUAAUCUUAAAGAUUGGUAACCUGUUCCAUGGGAAAUGAUUAAGGUUCCUCUUCUUUGGGGAAGAAUUAAAGAUACUGGUGUACCUUUAAAUAUAUUAAAAACACUUGGUGAAAAAAUAAAUAAGAUUCCUAAUGAAUUUAAUGCUCAUCCUUAGAUUAGAAAAUUCUAUGAAGAAAGAUUAUCAUGGAUUUAAAAAGAUUAACCUAUUGAUUUUGCUACUGCUGAAGCUUUAGCAUUUGGAACACUUCUUCAUGAAGGAUUUAACAUUAGACUCUCUGGAGAAGAUGUAUAAAGAGCUACAUUUUCUCAUAGACAUGCUGUUAUUCAUGAUCAAAAAGAUCCUAAUGGUUAAGAUUAUGUACCAUUACAUAAUGUAAUACCAAAAGGUUAAGAAAAUAGACUUAAUAUUUAUAAUUCUCAUCUAUCUGAAUAUGGAGUUCUAGGAUUUGAUUAUGGUUAUUCUAUUACUAAUCCUAAUACAUUAGUAUUAUGGGAAGCAUAAUUUGGAGAUUUUGCAAAUGGAGCAUAAAUCGUUAUUGAUAAUUAUAUAGCUAGUGCUGAAUCUAAAUGGGAUGUUGAUAGUGGAUUAGUAAUGUUAUUACCUAAUGGUAUGGAUGGAUAAGGACCAGAACAUAGUUCAGGAAGAAUUGAAAGAUUUUUAUAAUUAAGCGACGAUGAUCCUGCUGUUUUCUAAAAAAAUCUAGGAGGUAUAUGUAAUUAUUUAUUCUUCUAGUAAGAUUAACUAGAUAAAUGAGAAAUUCGAAUAUGUAAGUUGUUCAAUGUACUACUCCAGCUAAUUAUUUUCAUGCUCUUAGAAGAUAAUUAAGAAGAGAUUUCAGAAAACCUUUAAUUGCUAUGACAUCCAAAAGACUUUUAAGAUUAUAAGCUGCUAAAUCUAAGCUUACUGAACUUACUACUUAAUUCAAUUAAGUUUAUGAUGAAGCCUUUUCUGAAUUCCUUGUAUAGCCUAAUGAAAUUAAAAGAGUCAUUUUAUGUUCUGGAUAAAUUUAUUAUGAUUUAGUCAAAAAAAGAGAAGAUCUUAAAUAAAAUGUAAAUAUAUUUUAUUAUCUAUUCAGAAUGUGGCUAUUCUAAGAAUUGAAUAAUUGGCUCCAUUUCCAUAUGAAUUUUUAUAAAAAAUUAUUGGCAAGUAUAAUCAAGCCGAAUUUGUUUGGGUCUAAGAAGAACAUAUGAAUUAUGGACCUUGGGCAUUUGUAAGACCAAGAAUCCAAAGUGUAUUAGCCAAAACUACCAACAUUUCUGAUUCACCUAUUUAAUAUAUUGGUAGAAGACCAAGUGGAUCACCAGCUACAGGUUUUCAUUAAUUACAUGAAAAGGAGAUCUAAACACUAUUAUAAAAGGCAUUUGAAGUUUGA